UCUCAUAACACCCAAACCCAUCAAUACUAGUCAAGCAUUAGGUCUUUUUUAUCAUGGGUUCUUCAAAAUUUGUAGCAUUUGUAUUGGCAAGCAUUUUUGUGUUGGCUUCGGGUAGUUUUUACCAAGAUUUUGACAUCACCUGGGGUGAUGGACGUGGUAAGGUGCUUAACAAUGGUGAGCUCCUGACCCUCUCGCUAGACAAGACGUCGGGUUCAGGGUUUGAGUCCAAGAAUGAGUACUUAUUUGGCAAAAUCGAUAUGCAACUCAAGCUCGUAUCGGGCAACUCUGCUGGCACCGUCACCGCAUACUACUUACGCUCGGACGAGUCGGCUUGGGAUGAAAUAGACUUUGAGUUUCUGGGAAACCUUAGUGGUGAUCCUUAUAUUCUUCACACAAAUGUUUUUAGCCAGGGGAAAGGUAACAGAGAGCAGCAAUUCUAUCUCUGGUUCGACCCGACUGCUGAUUUCCACACCUACUCUCUUCUCUGGAAUCCACAGCGCAUCAUAUUCUCUGUAGAUGGUACUCCAAUUAGAGAGUUCAAGAACAUGGAGUCUAUCGGUGUCGCGUACCCGAAGAAUCAAGCUAUGAGGAUUCAUUCCAGUCUGUGGAAUGCUGAUGAUUGGGCAACAAGAGGAGGACUUGUUAAGACAGACUGGUCUAAAGCUCCAUUCACUGCUUCUUACAGAAACUUCAAGGCGGAUGCUUGUGUUUGGUCCAAUGGGAAAUCUUCUUGCAAUUCUGGGUCUAACUCUGGUUGGUUAUCUGAAGAACUAGAUGAUUCAAAGCAAGGUGGGCUAAAAUGGGUACAACAGAAUUACAUGAUUUACAAUUACUGCACAGAUACUAAACGAUUUCCACAAGGAAUCCCUGCAGAAUGUGCUGCCAAUUAAUCUCUAUUGGGUUAUUAAAUUUUGGAGAUCGAAUUCUUUUGUUCUUUGUUUGUAGUUACAGAUUGAUGCUAUAUGUCUUGUAUGAUAUAUAUAUUUAAAUCAUAAUAAAAGAAUUAUUUGUUCUAUGUU